AUGUACGGCGAAUCUGAAGUGAUCUUCUCCAGUCUGAAGAUCAUGCUCAUUGUAGGCCUCAUUAUCGGGGGUAUUGUGAUCAAUGCUGGCGGCGGUCCAGACGGCGAGUAUAUAGGGUCCCAGUACUGGACGACGCCAGGCGCGUUCGAUACUUACGUUACGAGUGAUGAUGCAAGUCGGUUCCUCGCCUUCUGGAAGGUCUUGCUCACAGCCGCGUUCAGUUACGGGAACAUCCAGGUCGCGGCGAUAUCGGGCUCAGAGACCGGGAACCCGCAAACGGUCAUCCCCCGCGCGAUGAGGAAGACGUUCGUCCGGGUGUUUCUGUUCUAUGUGCUGAGUGUCUUUAUCGUCGGGCUGAUUGUGCCCUCGGGCGAACGAGGUCUCUCUCUCUCGACGGCACAGCGUCACGGUCGCCGUUUGUCCUGGCCUUUACCCGCGCGGGCGUCGAAGUCCCGCCGCAUAUUAUCAAUGCGGUCGUCUCUGGUUGUGAACAUCACGACUGUGGUUGGGUUGAUUGGAUGGGUUGUGGACGAGGCCACGUAUCUGAGUUUCUAUCAGGGACUGAAGGUGCAGGGUUGUUGUUCAGCGUAUUCUAUGAAAAAGGAAGGUGUUUUGCUGAUACCAGGCUAUGGCUUCGACGUCUUCACGAAAGGCAACUUCACAGCGUCUGGCUUUCUAACCUCGUAUCUCAACAUCGGCAUAUUUGCAAUCACCCUUGAGUCCAAGCUGGUUCCGCUGAGUGAUAUCGACUUUCAAUCCGAACUCGAUGCCAUCGAGCAGGAGAAGACGAGCGGGGAGUACGUGGUCAAGUCUGAGAUGUGGCCUUGGUGGAAGAGGGUGAUUCGUUGGUUCUAG